AAAGACCAUUUUACCAUCAAAUCUGAAGGAAAAAUACAAAAGAGUACCAAGAUAGCGGAAAGUGUAUUUACCUCAAACAGUCAAAUUUUUUAGUUAACGUUAGACCGUUUUACCAUCACUGACAAGAUCCCCUUUGCAUCCAAAGUCAAAUUUUAGGUAUGGUGGGAAAUGUAAUUGCGUCUCCAUAUUGCAGGCAGCUCGUAGGUUGUUUUUAAGUCGUCUGAAAAGGAUGGAGACCAAGUGUGAAGUGGAGACUCCAGACUUUUCUCAUCUUAAGCCUGCUGACUUUGAACAUGUGUACGAGCCAGCUGAAGAUACAUUUCUUUUAUUAGAUGGUCUCCAAAAGGAAGCAGCUUUUAUUAAACAAUUGCAGCCAACCAUCUGUGUGGAAGUUGGAUGUGGCUCAGGGAUUAUCAUUUCUGCUCUUUCAAAACUUGUCAACCAGUCAGCAUUAUGCAUUGCUACAGAUAGGAAUCCGUAUGCUACACACUGUACUAAAAGGACCACCCAACAAAAUUCCUGUCAAGUUGAAGUCAUGAACUGUGACCUUUUGACCCCCCUAGAACGAAGGCUUCAAGGGUCAGUGGACAUUCUUAUAUUCAAUCCUCCUUAUGUGGUGACUCCUUCCAGUGAGAUGAAGAGCAGUGGCAUUGAAGCUUCGUGGGCAGGUGGAGCAGAUGGACGUGAAGUAACAGAUAGACUCCUUCCACUUGUACCUAACCUACUCUCACAGCAAGGAGUUAUGUAUCUAGUAGCCAUCAGAGAGAACAAGCCAGAGGAGUUGAUGACCUGGAUGUCUUCAAUGGGCUUGGACUCAUCUGUGGUCCUCACAAGAAGAGCUGGUCCUGAACAUCUUUAUAUCCUCAAGUUUUACAGAGAUUCAUCAGUGAGAUGAGUUUGGUUUCUUAUAACAUAAAUUG